AUGUCGGUGUCGAUCGAGGACGUGCGCGACGCGGAGGAGAUGAAGCAGGUGGACGCGUUCCGGCAGACGCUGGUGCUGGAGGAGCUCCUCCCCGCCCUCCACGACGACUACCACAUGAUGCUCCGCUUCCUCCGCGCCCGCAAGUUCGACAUCGACAAGUCCAAGCAGAUGUGGUCCGACAUGCUCCAAUGGCGCAAGGAGUUCGGAUCCGACACCAUCAUGGACGACUUCGUGUUCGAGGAGCUGGACCAGGUGCUGGAGCACUACCCGCAGGGGCACCACGGCGUGGACAAGGACGGCCGGCCGGUGUACAUGGAGAAGCUGGGGCAGAUCGACACCACCAAGCUCCUGCAGGUCACCAGCAUGGACCGCUACGUCCAGUACCACGUCAGGGAGUUCGAGCGCGCCUUCGCCGUCAAGUUCCCCGCCUGCUCCAUCGCCGCCAAGAAGCACAUCGACCAGAGCACCACCAUCCUCGACGUCUCCGGAGUGGGGUACAAGAACUUCAACAAGGCUGCGAGGGACCUCAUCGGCCGCCUCCAGAAGAUCGACGGAGACAACUACCCAGAGACGCUGUGCCGGAUGUUCAUCAUCAAUGCCGGGCAGGGGUUCAGGCUCCUCUGGAACACUGUCAAAUCCUUCCUUGACCCCAAGACCACAGCCAAGAUCCAUGUCCUCGGCAACAAGUACCAGAGCAAGCUGCUGGAAGUGAUUGAUGCCAGCGAAUUGCCUGAGUUUUUCGGCGGCACUUGCAAUUGCGAAGGAGGCUGCAUGCGCUCUGACAAAGGACCGUGGAAGGACCCUGAAAUCCUCAAGAUGGUCCAAUGCGGCAUGGGGCGGUGCGGGAUGAACAGCGCGGACCCUCGUGAGGCCGACGAGAAGAUGAUCACCGAGGACGAAAUAGUGCCCGUUCCCAAGAAGCAGGAAUCCAUGCGCCGCGCCGCCGACUCCCCCAAGAUCGCGCGCGACAAGAUCGAGCACCCGCAGAUGAUGUCCCCUCUCCAUGAGAUGAAAACUGCGGAGCACCCGGCUCCUCCUGGCAAAGAGGGUUACGACAACAACCUCUUCCAUGGCGUCGACUGGAGCGGCGAGGUCAGCGAGGAGAAGCUUCAGAUCGCGCGAGACAUGUACGCGCAGCUGCCGGACGCGUACAAGCAGGGCGACCCGGGCGACCGGCAGGUGGUGUCGGGGUUCAUGGCGCUGGUGAUGGGGGUGGUGGCCAUGUUCCGGGUGGGCAAGAUCGCGCCGAAGCGGGCCAUGGACGCGGCCAUGGGCAUCGCGACCAUGGAGGCGAUGGCCAAGAAGACGCGGCAGAUGCAGCUGCAGCAGCAGCAGCUGGCGGGGCCGGACGCGGUGGUGGUGUCGGCGGCGCAGUACCAGGCGCUGGUCAAGCGGCUGGACGACCUGGAGGGCAAGGUGGCCGCGCUGGCGGCGCGCCCGCCGGAGAUGCCCCCCGAGCAGGAGGAGAUGCUCAAGGCCGCCGUCUCCCGCGUCGAGGCCCUCGAGACCGAGCUCGAGAACACCAAGAAGCUUCUGGAGACGUCGGUUGGCCAGCAGGAGGAGGUCCUGGCCUACAUCGAGAAGAAGAAGAAGAAGCGAGGAAUGGUACGUUAUCAUCUUACAUUCUUUCUUACUACUCUCAUCAGGUCUCAUUCAUGUUGUCUAUAUAUAUACUGA